AAGUGAAUUCUUAGGGUGUGUUCGGUUAUUGUCCACCACUCUUGUACAUCGUAGGCUAUUUUUAUUCUAUACUAUUCUACUACAAUAUUUGCUUCAAGUUAGCACUUACUAAUUGUCUGUUUAUCUAUGGGUUGUCGAAUACCGAUUUAUGUUUAAUUCUUAAUAACUUUAGAUUUAAUAAAAAUAACAUUGACGUUUCAUAUGAAAUGUUUUACCUGCCAUCCGGCACGUAAUACUUGGGAAGAUUUUAAUUUUGACUAGAAUGGCUCAAAUUAGUGCGGAAUUGAAAGCAAGAAUUGAUUUGGCAUGCCGUACUGCUGAAGAGUUCAGUAACCUGUACUAUAAAAGCCUCGACAGCAAGCGUCAUCUUAUGUCCAAGUACUACUUAGACAAGGCGGUCUUGGUUUGGUGUGGAAACGGAGCGUGUGGCAAAGAGAAUAUCCAAAAAUUUUUUGAAGAGCUGCCGUCGACGGAACACACGCUCAUCUCAAUGGAUUCCCAACCUGUGUCUGAGGCGGCGGUGGGCGCCCAGCAGACGGUGCUGAUCGAGAGCGCGGGCCAUGUCAAGAUAGGGGAGGAGGUGUCCACGCCCUUCCAGCAGAGCUUCCUCAUCACGGCCGAGCAGGACAAGUGGAAGAUAGUGUCGGACUGCUUCCGGCUGCAGGAGCCCGUGUGUGUCUGAGCUCUGUUUCCUUGCAAGUUACAUUUUCAAUAAACAAAUUUUGUUACCAGUC